ACACGGAGGGGGGUCGCGGGGACACGAAAUCUCCCCGGAGCCGCAGUCGCCGCGCGGGGCGGCCUGGGAAAGUCACCAGUCAGCAGCGCAGUGGCGGGAACCGCAGCCCGGCGGCCCUGGAACCUCCCAGGACUCACUGAUCACCCAGACCUGCUCACCUGUGCAGCAGAACAUAGAUCCCUGGAUGGUGAAGAGAGAGGAGACAGUAGCAAAGGAUCCAGGUUUAUCUUUUUGACACCUUGGUACAAAAGUGCAAGAAGGAGAAAAAUGGCUGGUUCUCCAGUAAAUACAUUCCAGGGUCUGUUGACAUUCCGGGAUGUGGCUGUGGACAUCUCCCAGGAGGAGUGGGAAUACCUGGAUUCUGCUCAGAGGGCUUUGUACAUUGAUGUGAUGUUGGAGAAUUACAGCAACCUGAUCUCUGUGGGUAUUAUUGCAUGCAAGGCAGACCUGGUCCCCUGUCUGGAGCAAAUCCAAGUGCCCUGGAAUGUGAAGAGAGAGGAAAUGGUGGCCAGACCAGAGUACCAACAGAUGUGUGGCGAAUCUGAGAAGGUCUUUGAUCAAAACUCAAAGUGUAUUGUCUAUGAGCAGGUGGCUGUUCAACAGAAGUUGUGCGAAUCCCCCAAAUGGACACUGUAUAAAACAAAUAAUACUACAGAAAACUGCUACAAAAACAGAUGGAUACAAAAUCACAGGGAUGACUAUAUUGAAUCAAUACACUUCAGUAGACAUGAAAGCAUGCACACUGGAGAAGAACUUUGCAAAUAUAAAGAUGUUGGCAAAUCUUUAAGUUUAUUUUCAAACAUAAGUCAGAGUCAUGGAAUCUUCAUAGGAAAGAAAGAGUAUAAAUAUAACAAAUGUGAUCAGUCUUUUGGCUUUACCCCCAAGCUUGUGCAGGUAAGAAUUCAUAAUGGAGAAAAACCACACUACUUCAGGGAAUGUGGGAAAUCCUUCAGGACCUGCUCAAACCUCAGUACACAUCAGAGAACUUGUACUGGAAAGAAACUAUGGAAAUGCACAGAAUGUGACAAGUCCUUUAAGUGGUUAUUCGACCUUAAAACCCAUUACAGAAUUCAUCCUGGCGAGAAACCUUUCAAAUGUAAGAAAUGUGACAAAUCUUUUACCUACUGCUCAUCGCUUAAAGAACAUCAGAACAUCCAUGAGGGAAAACUUUAUAAAUGUCAGGAAUGUGACAAAUCCUUUACCUACUGCUCAUCUCUUAGAGAACAUCAGAAUAUGCAUGCUGGAAAACUUUACAAAUGUUGGAAAUGUAACAAGUCCUUUACCCGGUGCUCAUCUCUUAGAGCACAUGAGAAAAUUCGCACUGGUGAAAAACCUUUCCAAUGUAAGGAAUGUAGUAGGUCCUUUUAUAUGCUGUCCCAACUUAGAAAACAUGACAGAACCCAUACCGGAGAGAAACCUUACAAAUGUCAGGAAUGUGACAAAUCUUUUACCUACUGUUCAUCUCUUAAAGAACAUCAGAAUAUGCAUGCUGGAAAAUUUUAUAAAUGUCAGGAAUGUGACAAAUCCUUUACCCGGUGCUCAUCUCUUAGAACACAUGAGAAAAUUCAUACUGGAGAAAAACCUUACAAAUGUAAGGAAUGUGGUAAGUCUUUUUAUAUAUUGUCCCAACUUAAAAAACAUGACAGAACCCAUACUGGAGAGAAACCUUACAAAUGUAAGGAAUGUGACAAAUCCUUUACCCAGUGUUCAACCCUUAGAAUACAUCAGAAAAUUCAUGCUGGAGAGAAACCCUACAAAUGUAAAGAAUGUGGUAAGUGCUUUUGUAAGUUGUCAUACCUUAAAGUCCAUUACAGAACCCAUACUGGAGAGAAACCUUACCAAUGUAAAAAAUGUGGUAAGGGCUUUUCUCAGUUGUCCUGUCUUAAAAGCCAUGACAGAAUCCAUACUGGAGAGAAACCUUACAAAUGUAGUCAAUGUGACAGAUCCUUUACGCACUGCUCAACUUGUAGGAGACAUCAGAGCACUCAUGCUGCAAAACUUUAUAAAUGUGAGGAAUGUGACAAAUCCUUCGCUAAACAUUCUUCUCUUAAAACACAUCAGAAAACCCACGCAGGAGAGAAACCUCAUAGUUGUAAAGAAUGUGGUAAGGCCUUCUAUCAACUAUCACACCUUAAAGUCCAUUACAGAAUCCACACUGGAGAGAAACCUUACAAAUGUUAUGAAUGUGACAAAUCAUUUACCAAAUCUUCAUCUCUUAGAACACAUCAGAAAAUCCAUGCAGGAGAGAAACCUCAUGGUUGUAAAGAAUGUGGUAAAGCCUUCUAUCACUUAUCACACCUUAACAUCCAUUACAGAAUUCAUACAGGAGAGAAACCUUACAAAUGUAGUGAAUGUGACAAAUCCUUUACCACGUUGGCAAACCUUAAAAGACAUCAGAAAAUUCAUACUGGAGAAAAAACUUUCCAUAGUAAAUAAUAUGGUAUAUGAUUUUUCAGAGCUCUGUCCAAAGGGACCAAAGCACUCUCCACACUAGAGAAUCAUUAUGAACUUGAGAAACUUGUGAAAGCCUUGAAGGAACUGUUGAAUCUUACAAAACACCAAGAAUUUAUAGUGAGGAAAAAUUCUGAAUAUGUGGCCAUGUGGGAAGCCUUUAAUUAAAACAUUUUACUUUAUCAACCUCAAAAAAUUCAUAGUGAAGACAAUCUGUGUCACCAAGCCUUUAAUUAUUUCCUGAAAUGUUGUACAACAGAAAAUUUAUAUUACAGAGAAAUCAGAUAAAUGUUUACCAUUGUGCUCUAUUCAUGCCUCAUUGCACAUUAAAAAUUCCACUGUAGGGAACCAGAAGAAAUUCACUGAAUUUGUCAAUGUCUUUACUUAUUGCUAAACAGUAGACAUCUGAAGUCUUCCUGAAGGAAAACCCAAGAAAACGCUUUCAGAAAGACUUUUUCACCUCUUCAAAACAUUCAUUGUGGAGUGAAAACCUAUCAAUAGCAAGAUGGUGAGAACUUUAUAGAGAUGAUCUUGUGACUGUGACAAUGUGUAUGCUCAUGCACAGCUAGAAAAUCCCUAAAGGUAUGCAGGACAAUUAUUUUUCAGUUCUCUAGAAAGUUGGGGAAGUAUUUAGUAAAUGCCGAGCAUAGUUGUUGGAAUUCUGUCCACUCCUCCAGCUAUGUGACUGCACAUGUGCAGUUCAGCAGCCAAGUAAGGGGCCUUAUGUCCUACAUAAUCCAUAGCGUAGCUCUGUAAGCCAUGUGCGCAUGUGCAGGGGAAUCCCUAAGAAGUGGAUCACAGACCCUUCCUCCCUCUUCCUCUUGUUCUCCUACUCCCAACUCUCUCUCUGCACAGGUCUUCCACAGGCCUGGUCACUCUCUUCUGUCCUUCCCCUCUUCUAAUAAAACUCUGCUCUGAUAUGGGUUUUGUUGUGCCUCUUGACCUUUCUCACACUGGUAACAGCACAGCACAUUAAAACCAACAAUAGUAAUAAUAGAAGAUUCAUAUACAAAUACUAAGACACAAGCCAGUGUAUUACAAAGAAGAAAACUAAAUAUAUGCAAAAUCACAUAUUUCAGUGGAAUAGGAUUUUUUGAUUUGAGUAAAUAAGAAAACGAUCCUUGGAGAUAUUUUUAUAUUGUAAGUAUUGAAAUUGGCUGACAUAAGUACAGUUGGUUAGGUUACACUGAAAAGCAUCAAAUAAUUUGUAUCAAUUGUUGCAUCAAAGCUGAAGAACCCAAGACAAGAGUCAGGGAAGUUAGCUAGGGAAUGGGUACUAAUCAUCAGGGGACACCAAACAUUGGACAGGCUUCUUAUGCCAAUUUCAGAUGCUCUAUGAGUCAGAGUUGUGCACACAGAUAAAAAGCCCUUUUUGAUGACAUUUCAGUAACUUUACUACUUCAUGGCAGGGUUCCAGUGCCAAGAAUUUGAACAUUUUGUGCAUAUGAAAACAACUUUUAACCUCUUGUUCAUUCCAAAUCAUUUGAAAAUACUUUUUCAGCGAGGCGAUGGUGGUGCACACCUUUAAUCCCAGCACUGGGGAGGCAGAGGCAAUUGGAUCUCUGUGAGUUUGAGGCCAGCCUGGUCUUCAGAGUGAGUUCCAGGACAGCCAAGGCUACAAAGAGAAACCCUGUCUCAAAAAAUUAAAAAGAAAAAAAAAAAGGACCUAUCAUUAGAUACUAGUUCAUUCAUUUAUUUAGUGGUUUGCACCUUACUACCUGGAAGAGAAGGCAAUUGAGAAGGGGGAAUGCCUCAAACACAAUAGGUUUUUGUCCUUAGUAACCACACCACAAAGGCUUCUUAUUGUCAACUGGAGCAUAUGCAUUUGAAAAACAAAAGCCUCCAGCUAACUGCUAUUAAAGUCCCACUUGUUUACUGGCUCUCCCCAGCUUUAUGGUUUUAGCGAAUAAAAAGAAUACAAACUGAAGUCCUUCAGGAACUAUACUGUCUCCAGUCCCCUGGUGAAUAAAUCUCUCUUCCAUUCAGUGCUGUUGGGGUACUCACGGCAGAGAAAUCCCUUCAACUCUAUCACUUCUACCAAGAAUGAUUAAUGUCCCAAGAAAAGGUUAUUACUGUGCCACAUAUGCAGACGUACAGUAGGAAUGCACUUGUGAGUGAGGUAGGUACAGUGUGC